CCAAGUCAGUAGAUGAUCGCGUAAAAUUUGGUCCGACUAAUAUUUUCAGAGAGCCUGAACUUUUAUCUUUUUAGAAAUUGACCCCAAACUAUUCUCUCUCCCUUUUUCCAUGCUUUUCUGCUGCUCCAUGCCCCACUUCUCUCCUCCCGCCGGCGUUUGACCUUCCAUCACCGGUGUCGUCGGCCUUUCGCAUCUAACCCUCUCCAAUCUCUCUCUCCUCAACGCGUUCCUCUCCCUUCAACUCAGCAAUCAAGGUCUUGGACUCAGCUACAAGCUCUUUUGACUAGCUACGAGCUCUUGGACUCAGCAACGAGCUCGAAGCUCCGGGAUCUGAGAGAUUCGGGAGAGGUGGCAGAGGGGGAGGGAGAGAUUACAUAGUCGAAGGGGGAAGAGAGAGAGAGACUGCCGUGUCGCAACGGCUGAUGAUUCGACAACGACGAUGACGAUAACGAGAAGAUCGGGCUUUCGACAACCGUACGUCUUCCGAAGCUCGAGCGCCGGCGGGGGAAGGAGGUGAGGAUUCGGAGCUGCGGGUGAAGGAAGCAAUGAGAAAGGGGACCGGGGGGUAUUUUGGGGUCAAUUUCUAAAGAAACAAAAAAUUUGGGUUCUUUUGGGAUAUUGGUGGGACCAUUUUUACACGUGUCAAAUAUUUGCUGACUUAGUUCAUGGAUGACGUGGUUUCACCUAAUAAUUUUUCGACCGAACCAGUGACGGUCUUCGUAUCUUCUCUUAACUCUCUCUCUCUAUUUCUGUUUUUAUUUUUUUUCCCUCCUUUUUUCUAUUUUAUUUUUAUUUCUCAUUUUCUGGGAAAAAAAAACUUAUUUCGUCUUUUUCCAAGUUUCUACUCUCUUUUGAGUGCUCAGCAUUUUUGAAACCUCCGAACCCUCCGCCGCGCGUGUCCUCGACGCCUCCCCCCCCCCGGCGGCCUCGCGCCCCUCUCUGGUGGUUAUUGGCGCGCAGCGUGCCCCCGGCCGGGAGGUGCUAUUCUUGACGAGGGUACAAGACACCAGGAGACCCUGGGUUGGUGGCCGCUGUAGUUCUGGCCUUCAUUUAGCUUUGGAAUUGAGUGGCUACUUAAAUGGGGGAGCUGCCUAAUUUCUCGGGAAACAAUAGCUUCUUAGAUCAUGAUAUCAAGGAAGAAAUUGUGCCCGAGGAUGUGGAUUUGGAUUUUGAACUGCCAUUCAAGACCACAUUCCCGAGGCAAACUGUGGAUAACGGAGCGAGCUCAUCGGGGAGCAAUCUGAGGUCACUCUUCAUAGGAAUGGGGUUCUUGCCAUCUCUUGUGGACAGAGUACUUGAAGAAAAGGGUGAAGAUCUUGGUGACCGCACGGUGGACUUGUUAUUGGAAACUCUCAUUGAAUAUUCUGGCCAACCAAGAUCCAAGUCCGAAUCUUCAGAUUCCUUGGACAGGUUGUUUGACGAUGAUGAUGUUACCGCUCCUGAAGUUUCAAAAGCUCAAACGAAGGAGGAGAAUGAUUUUUCUAAUGGAGUUUUUGAUGAAAAGAGAGCAUCCUUACGAAUGAUGAAUUUCUCUGCAAAUGAGAUCGAAUUCGCAUUGAGUAAGCUUGGCGAAAAUGCGGAAAUUGAUGCAAUGGUAGACUUUAUAGUUGCUGCCCAGAUAUCUGAAAGAUUUAAGGGCCCACAUCGUUCAACUGAUUCCAGCGGAGUAAAAAAUGAGGAUACCAGUGAUGAGGCCUUGUUUGGGACCAUGGAGAAAACACUUCGUUUGCUUGAAAUGGGUUUCACUGAGAAUGAGAUCUCUUCUGCUUUUGAGAGGUUUGGCGCCCAAGUUUCAAUUGCUGAGCUUGCUGAUUCGAUUUUUGCUGUUAGAUAUGGUGAAAUAGAUAAGGACUAUCGAUAUUCUGGUAGUGCCAUGGUAGAAGUUAAAUCUGAGGAUUUUACUGGAGAUGGUCCUUCUCAAUUAAACUUGAUUCGCUUGGAAGAAACUCUUGGAGGGAAGAGGCCAAAAGAAGAGUAUCUAUGUGACUAUUCGGAUUCAACACCUCAUCCCAGCCGUUUCGACUUUAGGGCAAUUCGAAAAGGGAAGAAGCCAAAGCAGGAACUCUUUGAUGACUCAAGCUCCUGCGUGAGGUCCACACUGGGUGAAGAGGAGGCAGAAGAUACUAAAAGCACUGGACUUGGGAUGCAGAGGAUGUUCCAACCAAGCCCCAGUAAUGGGAUCAAUCAAGUCGCUGCGAAGCCUCCAUUCUUCUUUUAUGGGAGUGUUGUAAAUAUAUCUCAGGACUGGUGGGGUAAAAUCAGUCAGUUCUUGUACGGACGAGAACCCGAAUUCGUGAACACCCAGUUUUUCUCUGCAAUUAGUAGGAAAGAAGGUUAUGUUCACAACCUCCCGACAGGGAAUCGGUUCCAUAUACUACCGAAGCCGCCGAUGACCAUAGAAGAAGCCAUUCCUCAUACCAAGAAAUGGUGGCCUUCUUGGGACACGAGGAAGCAGCUGAGCUGUAUAAGCUCUGAAACUGCUGGUUUGUCUCUACUCUGUGAGCGUCUUGGGAGAGUUCUGACUGACUCUAGGGGUCUCCUCUCAUCGGAACAACAAAGGGACAUCCUUCACCAUUGUCGGACUCUAAAUCUUCUCUGGGUUGGACCUCGCAAAUUGGGCCCAAUAGAACCUGAAUACCUGGAGGCCAUUCUCGGGUAUCCCAUGAAUCACACUCAGGUUGGUGAGAACAACUCGAGUGAGAGGCUUCAGACACUUAAACACUGCUUCCAGAUAAACACCUUAGGUUAUCAUCUGUCUGUACUCAAGUCUAUGUUUCCGGAAGGGUUGACUAUGCUAUCUCUCUUCACGGGAAUCGGAGGGGCGGAGGUGGCUCUACACCGUCUCGAGAUUAAACUCAAAGCUGUUGUCUCUGUAGAGGACUCUGAAACAAAGAGGAAGAUUCUCAAGAGGUGGUGGGAGAGUAGCGGUCAAACAGGGGAUUUGGUGCAGAUUGAAGCUGUUCAGAGGUUAACAACUAACAGGCUUGAGACCUUGAUGAAAAAGUUUGGAGGUUUUGACCUCGUGAUAUGUCAGAACCCUUGCAUCCAUUCCCCAAACUCUAAAAUGGCUGCUGAAGGGGACAAAUUCCCAGGUUUUGACUUCUCCUUGUUUUACGAGUUUGUCCGUGUUCUGCAGCGGGUGAGGAGCAUGAUGGAGAGAAAGAGGUAAUGAUCUUAUUCUCUCCACUGUAUCACCGAUCAUCUGUUGUUUUGGGAGUUGUAGUUUUUGAAAUAAGUCGUAGUUCUCUCAAGUGAUUGAUAUUGGUAGGUCUGAUCAACAGCAUUGUGUGUAGUAUUAUCCGAACUUUCUCAAGUUAACCUGUAAAUGGUAGUCGCAUGUAUCUGUAAGCUUUCUUAAUAAUAACUGCUGUGUAGAUUUCGGAUUUGGUUUCUAUUACCGGUCAAUCACUCUGUUAGAAUUUGAAAUGAUUUGUUACUUCUCA